AAUACACCGCACCUCUCCUGCAACGCUCUGUAUCACCACUGCGUCGCAGACCAACCGGACGCGAUCAAUUCAACUUCUCGAAUUGUGUGGCUCUAUAACUGCCUAGAUCGCCUUCACGAACUCCUGCGCAUGCUGCCUCGCCUGUCCCUGGUGACUAAACUGGGAAAGUAUUGAGUAAAAAACAUAUUUGUUAAUUAAAUUCAUUUGUGUUGUUUUUACUGUGGCAGUGAUCCUCUUAGGCACUUUACAGCGUGCUAAAUUCAAGCGCCCUGCGUGCAGGCUGAUUUGUUACACCGAAUUUCAGUGCUUCAUCUGGGUUAUUUUUCUAGUAUUGCAUCCAUCCUCUUAAAUGAUGCUUUUCAUGGCCUUAGAAGCUGAUUUAUUAAACAGUUAGAGUUUUUGCAGCUUCACGAAGAGCUAAAUCAGAUCUAAACGUGGCUAAAUGGCAUUAAAACAACAUUAAUUUGGGCGAUUUCUUUAUUGCUGCAACCUUCUGCCCGGCCAUUGUGUUGCAUGCACUUGCAAGCUGAUUUGUUAAAUAAUUAAAGACGCAUUCUGCUGCCCUUAUUGAUCGGCCCCAGCAUUUUCGCAGACAGAUCGACUUUCUUGUUGUUCUGCAAUGAAAUCUUUAUUUCAGCCCCGUGGAAAAAUCCAAGAGCGCAAGCUGCAGACGCGUCGAAGGGCAUCGGAUCCAGGAACGGUGCCCGCUGCCAACCCACUUAUCCGAGGAUCAGCUUUCAGUUUCCUCACCUCGCCGUUUCGUGGCCUUUCGCGGGGUCUCCUGAUGAGAUGACGGGGUCUCCUGUCAUGGAUGAGAUGGAUGAAAGCUCCUCAUAAAGCGGUGGAAAUCCUCCGUGUGGCAGGGUGUGGGGUCACUUCUCCUCCUCUGCAGCGUCUACGGAGGUCCUUCAAAUUUGCCUGCUGUUUAUUCUAACCUCUGACCAACAUUAUAUCUGCUUUGGAAGCCUGUCCACCAAACAAAUAAAAAAAAAAAAAAAAAAAGUGGUGUGACUGGAUAGAAAUGUUGGGCAUAUGAUUGAUUCUGCCCGUAUUGCAAAAGUCAUGAUGGCAAUGGCAGAAACUGCAGGAGUACCUCUGGCCUUAUCUGAAACUGUAUACAGUCCAAGAGUAAUAUUUCUUCUAAAAGAAUCUUAAUGAAACAGGUGUGGAAACUUGAGGCUGUAGGGCACAAGCCCAUUUUAUUUAUUGGCAAACACGAUAAAAGGGCUUCGAAUAAGUGGGUUGCAGAUAUUAUUAUCCAUCUGCACCCCACGCCUGGUACAAGAAAUUUUUGGAGAAGAUGCAGAGGGCUUAUGAAUUUAUCUUGACAAAAGGGCAAAAGCCGGAGAGCCUCGCCGUGGAGCAGCCGGAGAGCCUCGCCGUGGAGCAGCCGGAGAGCCUCGCCAUGGAGCAGCCGGAGAGUCUCGCCGAGAAGCAGUCAGAGAGCCUCACCAUUGAGCAGCCGGAGAGCCUCGCCGUGGAGCAGCAGGAGAGCAUUGCUGUGGAGCAGCUGGAGAGUCCCACAGAGGAGCAGCCGGAGAGCCUCACCAUUGAGCAGCCGGAGAGCCUCGCCACUGAGCAGCCGAAGAGCCUCGCCGUGGAGCAACCGGAGAGCCUCACCGUGGAGUCCGGAGACUCCGGAUUUGAAGUUCACUGGUUGCCUUGCACAGUGUGUGAUGUCUGUAGCAAGAGAAAGCUCCCUGGUCCUGUAGCUGAUCUCGGCAGCAAGUCGUCCUCUGAGGUAGGCUGUAGUAAACUGAAGUGAGGUCGAUGGUCAGUACUCAGAAGGAAACAGCGGUGAGGUGGAGGCAUCUGGAAGAGCUAGAUCCGGCGAGCAGGCCCUUGAGGCUUCGGGACGUGCAUCCCGACGAUGAGAGAGAAAACAAACAGAAAGGUAUUGGUGUGGCUGCCGUUCACUUUAAAGAAGAGUUAUAGUGUGUAAAGAGUUGUUUCUUUUUGUUCCAGCAGAUUGUGCAGCCUAGCUGUGAAUGGCUGAAAAUAUAAGUAUUCAGUCCGGACGUAAAGUGAGAGAGUGCGUCUGAAUUCGGAAUGCUUGGAAGACUAUUACGUAAUUUUGGAGACAGAUAGGAGAAUGAUCUACCUCCUUGUGUGGGUUUAGAACAUUCUAUUAGUACGAGCCCAGAAUUUUGUGAUUGAAGCAGACACAAUGGAUUGUAAUAAUGAGGAGCUGGACCAUUUAGUGCUUUCUAAGUAAUUCGCAGAAUUUUAAAAUUAGUUGACAGGCAGCCAGUGUAUUGACAACAAAAUGGGGCGGAAGUGAUCAUAUUCUCUGUUCCUAGCGGCUACAUUUUGAACUAGCUGAAGCUUAUUUACUGAGCCUGCAGGACAUCCAUCCAGUAAUGCAUUACAAUGAUAGCAGUGAUUCAUACACACAAUUCGAUUCAUUCUUCAGCAUCUCAAACACUAAGCAUGUCUCAUAAUUCAGCAGUAUUUCUAAGACGGAGCAUGCUGUUGGACAUAUGCUGGAAAUGUGAUUUUCAAACCACGGGUCGCAGUCAAAACAUAAAGAUCUGAGUUCCGGACCGCUGUGGACGACGUAACAAUACAUCCAUUCAAAGAGAGUCAAAUUAAUAACCUUGCAUCUCAUUUAGGGAGGUUUUUGGACCAAUAAUUAACAGCUCUGUUUUGCCAGAGUUGAUUAAAUACUGUAGGAUGGUGCUGGAGUUUGUUCCAGCGGCGUCUCGCAGUGAAGAUGAGAGCAGUGUGUAGAAGUGCCAGAUCUGCUUGGAACACAACAGGAAAACAUGCUGAAAUUUCAAAACUUCUUCCACUUCUGCACGUCAUCGCCCAUUUCCAACUAGCCCAAGUGUGUUUUUUUUUUGUUUUGUUUUUUUAAAUAGUUCAGUUAGCUUAACGAAUAAUGACAAUUUAAUCCCUCGGCUCAUCAGAAACAUUUUGAAAUGUACAGGAACUGCAUGGAAAAUCGCAGUAUUAAAAGUAACUAGUAACUAAAGCUUCCAGACAAUUGUAGUUUAGUAAAAAGGACAAUAUUUCCCUCUGAGAUGCCGUGUAGAAGUAUAAAACUGUGUAAAAUGGAAAUACGCCAGUUUCAGUACGUCCAAGUACGUCCAAUUUGUACUUAAGUAAAUAAUCGAGUAAAUGUACUCGGUUACAUUCCACCACUGGAGUUAGACAGGGUUGAUGCCACUUUAACAAGCAACAUCUUUGCUCUGGGUUUUAAUGACAUCAUGUGCACUUGUGAUACUUUACAGUGGCAAAACCUGGGAUGACACAUGGGAGCCUGCCAGCCAAUUUCACAGCAAGUCCCCACAUCAACCAGCUUUCAGCACGACAGCCUAGUCACCGUAAACACCUGGACUCGUCAAGCACCCUUCACUUCAGUUUAUUUUGGAGUGUUCUUUUUUAAUUAUUAUUGUUUUUGCUUGCUGUUCUUCGGUAAAGUUUUUACACAGUA